AUCGGGUCGGCAGUCGCAGUUGGUCUCUCGCCUUCGCUGGCAGCAGCAAACACGCACCUCCUUAUUUCCACCAACUCCAAGGGGAAAACACAAAUUUAUUUGUCUCGUGUAUUGGCCAACUGUUGCCAAUACCGUCCAGUGUCGUUCAUCGCAACCGACUCGCCAUCAAUAGCGCAACAACUGGAUUAACAAACGAAAUCGACAUCACAACCGGAACUGGAUCCUUUUUGAGACAACGCCGUUUCCGUCAGCAGAUAAUAUUAGAGUCGCUGAGUGGUUGAUUGAGAAAGAAAAACUGCGACGUCGAUAAAGAUGGCCUCGUCUACGGGCGACGUCCACCAUCACCAGCAGUUUUCCCAGACGUCGACGACGGUAACGAGAAGCAGCAGCAGCAAGCAGCAGUCUUCUUCCGGGCAACAACAGCACCAGUCGUUGACGAGCAAUAAUCAAAUUGCGGUCGAAGAAAAUGUUUCCUCCUUAGAGCCUCACCAGCCACUGUAUCCCGUCUCCGAAUGGGACACAAAGUUAGAUCGGAUGCUGGAUGAGCUCCAGCGGAGUAUUUCACCUCAAAGGAAAACGGUGCCACCCAAGGUAGAAGCAGCUGCAGCCAAAGAUUCGCCAGUUUACGCGACUUCCGUCCAUCAUCAAUCGUCCAGCAAAUCUGUCAGGACCAGCGGAACGGCUAACCGACACCUAGCGGAACAGGCCGUUGCCCAGACGUCGGUUGCCCGUCGCUUAUUUGACACUUCGGCCGUCUCGGAGCAGCAAGCUUCCUCAUCCGCCAGAGUUACUAGAUCCAAAUCGCCAGAGCCAUUACAUCCGAUUGAACCCUACAACGAGGGACCAUUUGGAAAGGCGUUGUCCGGAAGUGGCAGUCGUUCGAGUUCGCAGCAGAGGGAGUACCGCGAGUAUCAUUCGUCCAACAAAACACACGGCGACAGUUCUCUUCUCGUAGGAAUGCCCGCAACAGCCGCAUCCGAGGAUGAUGCAGAAGCCUUCCAGGCUACUCCUCCAUCCGUUUCCGAUAGAGCCAAAGCCUGGAGCACUCGAGGAGUGACGUACAGUUUCAAGGAGGAAACGACCAGCAGUAGCAGCAAGAAAGGCGGAGUCUCAAAUGUAACUAAUGGCAGCGGCGGUGGUGGUGAAGUGGAAACGGUGGUCAAAAAGAGUCAAGUUGUCAAAACGUCAACCACUGGCCACCAAGAGAAAAAACCUUCGGGAUCUAGCGGAGAUAAGGUUGAUUCAUCUUUAAACAAUGUCGUGGUCGAUAUCGGCAAUCAGAUGAUCCCUGAUUGCAUCGAUUUAUUGUCGAGCAACAAGAAAGACAAAGUCAAGAAAUCAGUUCGACUGGCCGAAGGAAAUGAAGAAAGAAAUGAAGGAAAUCAAUCGUCGAAUCAGAAAGUCACUUCGGGUUCUACUAGCGAAUUUUACAGUUACAGCAGUAGCAGUAGCAGUAGCAAAAAGCAAGUGGUGUCUAGUAGUAGCACUAGCAGCACUACGGCUGGGGAUUCGAUGGUCGAUUACAGUCGCAUCAAUAGCAAACACAUGAGUGCCGCUGCUGGAGCCAUGACUCAAAAGCAACUCGACAGUCCCGUCUGCAAUUUCCCGGAUCACAAAGACUUUCCAAAGUACAAUAUUAGGAUUAUUCCCGAAUCUGCAGGGUUAUUGUGCAAUGUCUCGUCGCAUCCACAGCCCAUGUGUAAUUUAGAGCGGCACCCCAAUUUCCCUCUAUACGCCGCAUCACCUCCGUGUCCAGCAGGAUCACAGGCGACGAACCCCGUUUGCAAUAUCAAAGUUCAUCCGGCCAUUUUAUGCAACUAUCCCCAUCAUCCGGAUUACCCCAAUUUUGCCACUGGCUGCCCCCCGGCGGACAAAGAGUCGAUCUGCAACGUUCCCUCGCAUCCGGAAUUGUUGUGCAACUUGCCCAAACACAGCGAUUAUCCGAAACACGCGUCCCGCUGUCCUCCGCCCGAGAUCGAACCCAUCUGCAAUAUUGACCUCCCGAAGGGGCAUCCGCGCGUCAUUUGCAAUUUCAUCCGACAUCCGCACUAUCCGAAAUAUUGCAACCCCAAGGCAACCGGACAACAACCCAACACUGUCUGCAACGUACCCGGACAUGUGCUGGAUAAAUGUAACAUCCCCGAACAUCCGGAUUUUCCGGACUUCAAGGCGAACAAACCGCCAGUGCAAGUCGAAGGAAAUAUUAACACUCCCACACCAAAUGAAGAUUUACCAUUGUGCACUGUUCCUGGACAUCCCAUGCUGCUCUGCAAUGUUAGUGUACAUCCAGAUUAUCCAAAGUUUACUCAUCCGGAAUUGCCUGAAUUCUCUGAGGCUGUUGCUGGAUUGGUCUGCACAAUCCCUAGCCAUCCGCACGACCCGAUCCCACUGCCAUCAAAAUGUAACAUACCUGGACAUCCAGGAUAUCCAGAUUAUAUGUCACUGACUGAACCUCAAACUGAGCCGUUCUGUGACGUUCCCGGUCAUCCCUUUGGAUUGUGCAACAUCCAGACGCAUCCGCAAUAUCCGGAAUUGAUGGGCCCAGAGGAUCGAGACGCCGCUCCUUAUUGUUUCAUCCCUUCACAUCCUGAACUGCUCUGUUCAAUUGAAACCCACCCUGACUACCCAGGCUACACGACUGAAGGUGAAGUGCCACCUGUGCCGAUAUGCAACGUUCCCCGACACCCGCCCAUACCCACCGUGGAGGUCCAAAUCCCUUCACCAACACCAUCGCCUCUGACUGCCCGGUCACCUUCACCUCCAGUUCCAGAUCCUGGGCCCAUCAUUUGCAACGUUCAUUACCAUGACGAUUACCCUACGCUUAUGGGCGACAGCAGCCCGCUGUCGCUGCCUAUAUGUACGGUUCCUGGACACCCUGCUCUACUGUGCAAUGUUCCGAAACAUCCCAAUUUUCCAGAUCAUGUCGGUGAAAUUGGACUGAAUUCGCCUCCACAAUGCAACAUACCCGGACACCCUCAGCUUUUAUGCAAUUUACCUUUUCAUCCAGAUUAUCCUCGAUUGGCUGGUGAUUGCCCUGCGGAGCCUUACUGCAAUUUACCAACUCACCCAUUGACCAACAAACCGAAACUUUACCAGUCGGGAACUGGCUCACCUCUGCCCAACAGAAAACUUGGAACACCUGAUCCUGGGCUUCAAGCUCCGCCCAAAAAGUUAGACGACCUUAUGGCCACUUUUAAUGGCGAUCCUACUCGGCCGUUGACUUCGACUCCGCGUGGGGAUCCACAAACGAUUGUGUUUUCUCCCUCUCCAACUGUGCAACUUCCCCUAAAGGCCGACGAACCGGAAGUCAAAGAAGGAGAAAACGAGCCUUUAAUAGUAAAAGAAACACCGAAAAGACCAGCAACGAAAGGCACCAGUGGACCACCCGUUUAUUAUCCACCUGAUCACAAAAUGUUCACGAAGAAGGAUGUUCCAAUUUUGUCGCGUACCUUGGAAAAGAAAUCGAAGAAAAUGGGAGGCAGAUCAAAAGGAAAGAUGAAAUUCGCCGCCAAACAUUCGGCCAAAGCGUCCGAAUCCGAGUCGAGUGCCAAAGGCGGGUACGGUGGCGCUGCUGUAAUCCCCAUUUGCCUUCCUGUCUGCUGUGCCAUGCCUUGCGUCAUCAUGUAAAGAUUGGAAGACAAGGAAAAUACGCGCAAACAAUCUAACACAAAAUAUUUCACGAUAGAAGAUUUCUCGUUCAUCGAUUUUGUUUUUUCUAAUUCAUGCGAUCGUUUGUUUUGCACAAAAUCUGACGUAAUAAUUAUAACGCAAGUAUCAUAUACGCCCGGUGGAUGACGGCUUAUCUAAUAAGCUUCAGUAGCAUUCGAUUUGAAUUAUUGGAAGAUUUCCAAAUCUUUUGCUUGCAUCUUCUGCGUCAAUUUCAAUUACAAAUGAAACUGCCAUGAACUUAUGCUGCCUUGCUUUCAAAUGGAGGUGACCUUUGCUUAUGUAAUAGAUGCGAUUAGAGUUUUGUGAUGAUGGUGCCAAUCAUGUUGCAGUAAACAAACAAAAAAUCAAAUAAUAACGUGUCGAUUGGCCUAGUCUUUCUGCUACAAUUCAAUUAUCAAAUAAUCCAUGCCAAACAAUUACUCUUUAUAAUAAUAGUUUCGUAUUUUUUCCUUCUUUCCUUGCCCUCUCGGUUUGGGAUAGGGAGGUUAGCUCAUCACCAAUGACAAUUUUUGCGUGCAUCCCCAAUUAGACCAUCCACUACCAUCGAGUAUCACGAAAUUAUUAAAAAUACAGUUUUCUGUCAACAUAA